AUGGGUCCUUUCAAGUACGGGUUGGAAAAGCUACUCUGCAUUGCAAAUCAUCCUCAUCUUCAUAUCAUGGUCAAGACGUUCACUUUUCAUGCCGAUCUGCUUCCCCCCUACGGAACGCAGCAGGAGUGGGAGCAAGACAUCGAUCUUCGGCCCCCAUUCAACGAGUUUCUCAGGACGCAGAUGGAGAGUACCGAGUUUCUGUCAUCAGUUCCAGAUCGCGGUCUCGGUGCCCGCAGGCUUGCAAACGAGAUGUACGGGAAGUUACCGCGUUGUACCGUCGAUGGCGAGACGCUGCAGGAUGCCUGGACCAAUUACCGUCGACUGCAGAAAGAGCAGGAGAACUGGGACGUGGAUGAAGAGGGCAUGAUCUUACAAGGCGCGAUUUGCGGCUUUCCCAAUCUGACACAGGCUUCCGUUUCGAGCGGACACUGGGGCCGCAGGGCCAUGCACGAACCUGUCUGGUGCUCACUCUACCCACUCAUUUUGCACACGCCCGACAACUGGGCCUUGCACAAAGCCGCCUCCGAUCAGUCACCGCGCAGAUAUCGCAGCCCCUCUCUAGUCUUAGAGGGAGCCAAGCCGAUGACUUGCCUCCUUGAAGCAUUGAGCCUUAGGAACUUGAGGAGUACCAUGAAUCAAGAUCGCGGAUAUGCCAGAGAGUCAUGGAGACCGGUGACCUCUUUAAGGCUGACCAACGUCAAUCAACACUUCUGGGACCAGCGAUUCCGGCCCGGCUGGGAGGUCAGCAUGGACAGGAUCGAAAGGCAUGUCGCUGCCAUGAGCGGAGCAUUUCGACAUAUUGAGGAGCUGCACAUGAACAUCACGUACAACAUGGAUAACGCACCGUCCAUCGCUGCAUCAGUUCGACUGUUCCUCAAAGAGGCUGUUCAUCUCCAGAAACUACACCUGGAGUGGACCGAGGACGACAGCGAAGGCGAGCCCGCCGAAGAGACACACUAUGACCUCCUCUCCGUGAUCGCAGAUGUCACAUGGCCGAAUCUGAAUGAUCUUUCACUGACCCUGACCACCCGACAAGACAACCUCAUCGACUUCCUCAAGCGACACUCCCCAACCCUUCGGCACCUUCAAAUUAAAGACUGCACAAUCCGUGAGGGUUUCUGGCAAAACAUCAUAGAGCAGAUACCGCACAUUCUUUCACUGGAAACAAUCCACCUUGAAUCGCUGCACGAUGUCGUAUGGAAUAACUUCUCUGGGGGAUUUCUUGACUCGUGGGAGAACGGUGCAUAUGAGAUGGCAAUUAUCAACUACUGCCUUUAUGGUGGUGCAGAGCCGCCGAUCCUAGACCCCUGUGAGUGGGACGAGAAACACCCUGAGGCGCCGGCGUUUGCGGCCUCCACGGGGGCCUGUGAGAGCGAUGACACGAGCUCGUGA